AUGCCGAUCAAGCAUAUGCCAAUCCAGCCUAAUCUGGCGCCAUUGUGCGCGGGCGGGCCCAACAAUGUGACGAUUGCACCGAACUUGAAAAAUGGAUCGCGAGAUGGUAAACGAAGGACGAGCAGUGGGAUCGUGAUACGGACCUCGAAACAAUGGGUAUUACCACCGCGACCAAAACCGGGACGUAAACCUACUGCUACGACGCCGGUGCGUGGUACUGGAGGGGUCGCGUCUAGUGGGAGCGGGAAUGUCGUUACGAACGGCAAUGGGUUGGCCAGUGGGACAAGUGCCAAUUUGACAACAUCUCACUCGUCUCAGGGCUCCCAAGGUGCUGCUAGCGCCUGUGCAAGCAAGUCCACAACACCGGGGGUCGUAACCCCUGGAGUUACUACGACUUCUCCCGUUAUCGUCUCCACGUCACCAGCGACGAAAAGGGACCUUGAACCCCAGGAGUUGCACAAAGUUGACGAUAAGAUGCAGGGAGUUGUCCCUGCCGCGAUGACGGUAACGCCUACUGUGUCCGCUGUGUCUGCUGUACUGGGAACAACUGUAGCCGACGUCAAAGCGAAGAAAGCUGCCAAGAAACCGUCCAAAACAGUACUGAAAAAAGAGAUUCAACAACUCAAACUGGAAAACUACAAACUCAAACAGGAUCUUAGUCAGUUAGUUGGCACGUUGCAAGAGCUGAAACAGAAAUGGACUCUCAAAUCUGCGGCAAGUGUCUCAGAAACGCCUGCUGAUAUCAAAAUGCAACCCACGGCGCAACUUCCAUCUCCUGAAACCAAGAAAAGAUCCUUUUUGGACUCAUCAGACUCAUGUUAUUCGACAGACGCAUUUCUGAAAUUCGAAGACGAAGACGACGACGAUUGUCGUCAUAGUGGUGUCAUUUCAACGGUCAGUAUGCGACAAGCACAUUCCUUCUCAUCUGUUUACAGUACGAGAACUACGCUUACCGACGACGAGGAUACGGGGUUCUCAUCAUCGACUCCCAGUUCGUUGUUUUCUGCCGGAUUACAGCGGUCACUCACCAACAACAGUUUUGCCGGCUCUACAUCACACCAUGCGGGUCACAGCAGUGGCAUUAGCCCGAUGGGUACAACGUGUUUGAAACCUUACAGUUCUGCCGCGGACGCCAUGAAAUUUCUGGACGAUUACGAAUUUAAUGAGUUUUACGGCAAACAUAAGCAGACUCUUGAAAAUGACACUGUGGAUAACGUCAGUGGAGACACUCACAGCGAAACACCACCACAUUUGGAAAAACCCGCAAAUGUGGCACCCACGUUAUCUGCGUCUGCCGUUUUGAACGGAACGUUACUACAUCAUCCGGCAGACUUGCAUUUGGAUGUCAUCAAAGAAGAAGAUUUUGGAUUCAAUUUCGAAAGGAAUUUUAACGAAGACGAUCUCAGUAUACUAAACUUCCUAGAGUCUCACGUUGGUGGAGUAAACCAAGCUGUGAGAGAUCAGUCCGAAAAAAAAAGUGAAGUCACCGCCGUGACAGACAACCAACCUUCUUGGUUCGUAAAACAAGAAGAUGCGUCUCCUACUGCCAUUUUCGAGGGACUCAAAUCCGAUAGUGAAAACACGAAAACAGAACUCUACAUGCCACCUUCACUUGAAGAACUCAUGGACGAACAAGACCUAGAUCGUUCUGAAAAAUUCUUCGACUCUGGACUUCGCAACGAAACCGAUUUGAACGUUCUUGAGAUAGGAAGCUUUGAGGCCAACUAA